AUGAUUGAUCUGAUGAGUACCCUUAAAGGUAUACUGCUAUUUAUAUUAGUGGGAUCCAGUGUACUACUAACAGAAAAAGGGGUAACACCACAGCCAAUAUGUCCAAAUGGGGGCACAAAUUGCCAAAUAUCUACUGGAGAUCUCUUUGAUCGUGCAGUAAAACUUUCACAUUACAUUCAUUCUCUUUCAUCUGAAAUGUUCAAUGAAUUUGAUGAACGGUUUACACCAGAUCGCAGGUUCCUUGCAAAAUCUGUUAUGAGUUGCCAUACGUCUUCACUAAAUACACCUGAAGACAAGGAGCAAGCCCAGCAAAUACAACAUGAAGAUCUGCUGAACUUAGUGCUGAAAGUUCUAAGAUCCUGGAAUGAUCCAUUGGUUCACAUUGUGUCUGAAGUACAAGAUAUUCGUGAGGCACCAGAUACCAUCCUCUGGAAAGCUGUAGAAAUUGAAGAACAAUCUAAGCGUCUUCUGGAAGGAAUGGAAAGAAUUGUUGGAAGGAUUCAUCCAGGUGAUUUAGAAAAUGAAAUCUACUCACCAUGGCCAGGUCCAAUAGCUGGAAUACCAGGAGAUGAGAAUUCCCGACUGUUUUCCUUUUACAACCUACUCCACUGUCUUCGUAGGGAUUCACAUAAAAUUGAUAACUAUUUGAAGCUUUUAAAAUGUCGCCUUAUUCAUGGGGGAAACUGUUAAUCUUUGACAUUGCACAUAAAUUAUUGCAAACUUACCAGAACAUGAAAUAUGUAUUUAUUCUGGCAAAAGCUAUAUUACUUCUAUCAACA